UCUAUUCUACAUGUAGAUAGAUUGUCUUUCCCUUUCCAUUUCAAAAUGAAGGGCUUAGCAAACCUCUUCUUGCUAAGAUCGGAAAAUGGAGCUGACUACAUAUCAUUCAUCAUUAACCGGCCUCUUGAGGAAUCUUUAGUGUACUUUGGGAUGUCAGACUUUUGAUGUUGAAUCAUUCUGUUGUCACUGAAAAUCAUGAAGAAAACAACAUGUCAUGAAUCUGCUGGAGAAACAGGAUCUUACUGCACUACUUUAGUGCCUCUUUGUGAUUUAUAUGAUGUCCAAUGGGAAAAUCAAAGACAUUCAUCUGUGGGAUCUCUAUCUUCAAGUUUAUCGCCUGCUGUUACCUUCAAAGAUGUCUGUACCUCUUUACCUGCAAAUGAAUCUAACAGGAACUGUCCAGAGCUUAGUCUGAGUAGUUGUAGUGAUGAUUAUAGCAAGCAACAUCUUAAAACCACUUUUUCUCGUUCUUCAAUGUUCUGUACCAGCCUGUAUUUGUCAUCUUCAUCAAGCUCUGAAACUCGAUACUUUCAUGGAUGUCUUCCCUUUCUACCUCACCCUCCUUUGAAAAACCAACUUACUUCUGAUGAAAAGCAGCCGAAAAAACUUAUGCAGGAGGAGUCUAAUAAUUUUAAUGUAGAAUGUGCUGGUGUUGGUGAUGGAAGUUACGGUACCAACUGUCCAAGUGAAGAUGUAGAAGUUACAGAACAGUUGGAAUUACAGUUUUUAUCUGAUCAGCUUGACAUCAUAAAUGGAAAUGGAGAAAAUCCUAGAAUUGAUGAUAUAUAUGAAACACCUCAAGAUUCUUUAAGAGCAAACAGUGUAUUGAUGAUAUCAGAUCAGCCCCAUUCCUCUUGCACAACACCUCUCGAUAACUUACCUUGUCAAAUCUCUACUGAUUCUUCUGUCCACAAGCCGAGAAUGAGAUGGACACAAGAACUUCAUGAUUGUUUUAUGGAGGCAGUUAACAAGCUUGAAGGACCUGAAAAGGCCACUCCCAAAGGUGUACUCAAGCUUAUGAAUGUUGAAGGUUUGACAAUUUAUCAUGUGAAAAGCCACUUACAGAAAUAUCGACUCGCCAAGUACAUGCCCGAGAGAAAAGAAGAGAGGAAGGGUUCUAGCUCGGAAGAACUAAAGUCACCUUCUUCUAGUAGCAACGAGAGCAACGGAAAGAAAAGAUGCAGCAUUCAAGUUUCCGAGGCUUUGCGUAUGCAAAUGGAAGUUCAGAAACAACUACAUGAACAACUUGAGGUGCAAAGAGAUCUUCAGUUAAGGAUUGAAGAACAUGCCAAGUAUCUGCAGAAGAUCUUAGAGGAACAGAUGAAAGUUGGCAUUCGCGAGAGUGAUGCACAAAUGGUGGCUAAUCUACCUAGUCCUGAUGAAUCUGUAGACAUUAUUGAACAACAGCCGAGCCCGAAAAGAAUCUGUCGUAAAGCAGAGAAAGAAUCAUUAUAGAGAUCAACAUUGUUGUUGCUUUUGAAUUUGGAUUAUGAAAUGGCAUUUUUAGCUUGUAUAUAUCUGUAUUAAUAUUUUCAUUCAUGUUUUCAUUUCUUUAAUUUAUAGCACCAUGCUUUGUUAGAUGUUGUGUGUAGAAAGGACCUAUUUGCAACUUAAUAUUAAGGAAAAUAAGGUCAUUUUCCUUCUUUAACGUGUAUAAAAAUAUCGUUUUAAUUCUUGUAAUAAUGUCCUACUCGUUUUGCUUUU